AUGAACGUCGAGACGAGCAGCGGCCCGGGCAAACGCUCCCUACUACGCAGCAGGAGCGACGGCGAAAUCCUCAAUUCUGCGACGACAUACGUCCCAAAUCCCGGUCCCUACCUGACCCCGCCUACGACCCCGCAUAGCUUCCGGGAUGGCACGGAUCUCUCCCCAAGUGUGCCACGUCUGCGGGCCCUCUCAAACAGAGAACACGCGCGUUCUCGCCUUGCGGCGCUGCACGACGGUUCCAUCGGUUGUCGCCGAGCAGUUAUACCGGCGGACCAGUGUUCUCGGCCGCCUUCGCAGAGGAACCUGUACGCUACGACAGCUUCGACCCGUGGUUCUCAACCUCCGUCAGCAGGCAGGCCGGCGCGUGUCACCUUUCUCGCACCCUGGCGACCCGACCUCUACCGUACCACACACGGACAGCCCUCAAGACAAGCAAGUCCCCUCGCUGACGCAGGGCGACAGCGAGAUAGACAGAUGAGCCAUGCGGACAAGUGCAGGACCGGGACUCGUCUCGAGGGGGAGGAGAGGCCACCGAACAGGAAGAUUCGCGAGGAAGUACGAGCCGAGAACACCGCCAGUGUCUCAGCCCUCUCCACUCUUCUCUCCUCGUGCAUGCACUAUGACUAUGCCUCCCUCUCCUACACGUCCACAUCCCGCGCAUCUCACCUCCGCCCUCUGGCUCUCCGCGCCCAUGCUCCGCACAGCAACCCUCCACUGGUCACGCGGCCUGACGUGCAUCUGCCCACUCAGCACGCACCGGACACAGGACUUCGCUCGCAACUCCCGAAUCACUAG